UGUGUGUGUUGUGUUGUAGUAAGAGUAAGUUAGUAGUGUGUAGUGAGACGGCUGACGAUAUGGCUGCCGCCGCGAUGUUGUUUUAUAAAUUUCCGUAACAAAGCAAACUGGUAAUUAUGACAUAAAAGAAACAAUAAAUAGAUGAAACAUAACAAAAUUUAUGUCAUAAAAUUAGAAGUGCGUAGUGCUCUGUGGCGUAGAUUCAUCAAGGAAAUAUCGACCUCAAAUGGACAGGGUAGGGUGUGUGUAUACCUACCUACCUAAUAAUUUGCAAAUUCCCCUUAUUUUGGAAUCUAACAUAAACUGUUUUCGUGCUGUGUAAUACUGAUUUGUAUAGAUAUAAUUGUGAAUAAAGUGUUGUGUAAUGUUUGGCAAAAUGAGAUUUCAAGCUGAUGCUGGGCGGAUGGCAGCGGCUAUCAUGGUGAUGGCGGCGAUAUGCAGCGCGCCGGGCGCUGCUGACAACUUGCAAGAUAUGAGCGACGAGCUAGUGGCAAAUUUAACGGAAUAUCUGGAGAAGGCAAAUUUAUCCUUUUUCGACAAUUCGACACCGGUGGACCAAGUUGUCUUGCCGUCUUACCAACCAUUCGAUCCGAAAGGGAUGGGCAUGCUGUACAACAUCACGCCGUUGGUUUUAGAUGCGGUUGUGAAGAAAGACGACUUUUUGCCAGAAGGUUUGGUGUCAAUCUCGGACGGGCACGUGGAGUUCGACCCUAACGUGAGCUGGCAGACUCUAGUGGUGCACUACUUGGGGCCUAUCAGCUUCGUCUUCUUCUUCAUUAUUUUCGGCCUCAUGCUGCCCAUCGCCGGUUUGUUCUGGUGUUGCUGCCACAUGUGCCGCGUGGGGCGGCGGCGGCGGCCCUUCGACCGCAAGCAGGACUCCUGUCUCCGCGGUGUACUGGCUAUCCUGCUCAUUGCUCUCCUCACCAUGUUCCUGUUCGGCGUGGUGUGCACGUUCGCGACGGAGCAGCAGGUGGAGGACGGCGUGUCGUCGCUGCCGGACGAGCUGCACAACGGCACGGGCACGCUCCGCCAGCUGCUCAACACCACCGCCAUGGGCGUCCAGCUCAAGAUCAACAAGUUCUCCAACUUCAGCCAGCAAGGCAUCGCUGCCAUCUUCCAAGGCAUCAGCAUCAAUCUGAAGGGUCCGAGCCGGCUGGGAGUGUUCAACGCCGCGGCUGUGACGUCGCUGACCCAGAUGGUGGACCAGCUGGACUCGGUGCAGGCGGAGCUGCGUUCUGUGCAGCAGACCACCUCCACGCUGCGCUUCCAGGCCGGCCAGCUCAACUCGGGGCUGCGCAAGGUGAAGCGCAACCUGCUGCAGACGCUGGCGAGCUGCGAUAUGCCGGCCUGCGUCAACCUGCAGCGCAAGCACCGCAUCGGGGAGCUCAACACCGACAUACAGUACAGCCAGAUGCUUGACAAGUACUUCCCCACCAUGCCGGACGUGACGGAUCUGCUGAACAACGUGACGGCGCUGAUCGACAGCAACAUCAAGGAGGAGGUGGCCGAGGGCCAGCGAGUGUUCCGCGACAUUCAGACCAACAUACAGCGCACUCUCGACCAGCAGCUGCCGCGCGCGCGCAGCGUCUACUCCUCCAUCAAUAAGGACCUGGAGUCGGUGGUGCGGUCGGUGGAGCGGCACGUGCGCGCGGCGGACAGCGCGCUGGCGCGCGCGCAGCAGCGCGUGUCCGCGCCGGCCGCCGCCGCCGCCGCCGCCGCGCGCUAUCGCCGCUACGCGGGGCUCGCUCUCGCCUCCUCUCUGCUCCUGAUAACGCUGGUGGUGGCGUGGGGGCUGCUGUGCGGCGUGUGCGGCAAGCGGCCGGACGUGUACGGCGCCUCCGACUGCUGCAACAAGGGCGCCGGCGCACGCGGCCUCUACUGUGGCAUGGUGCUGAUGUUCCUGCUGGGCGGCGUGUUCUGCGUGUUCUGUGUGGCGUACUUCUUGUUGGGCGCCGGCGCGCAGCGCACGCUCUGCGACCCGCUGCGCGACCCGAUGAACAACAAGAUCUUCCAGUUGGUGGACAAGUUCGUGAACAUCGAACAAGAAGUGUUCAAGGCGAAGGCGAAUGAGAGUUCCGGCUUCAACGUCAGUUCGCUCAUCGUGCGCUGUCACCGCAACGACACACUCUAUGAUAUGUUCCAAGUGUCGCGCAUACUGAACUCGAGCCAGACGACGCGCGAGCAGAUCGAGCUCGAGCUGGCGCUGCGCUCGGCCGAGCUCACGCCCGUGUUCCCCACCGCGCGCGUCGUCAUCCUCAAGGACAGCGCCAAGCGCAAGCUGCGCUUGCUGGCCGACUGCGGCCUCUCAGACUUCCAGUUUGAUCGGAUCCUGUCGGCGCUGGAGACGAACAUGACGUCGCUGGAGCUGCCGGCGCUGGCGCGCACGCUGCAGCGCGCGGCGCAGAGCGCGGACGCGCGCGCGGGCUACGGCGCGGUGCCGCAGCAGCUGCGGGCCGCGGCCGCGCAGCUCGCCGACCUGCACCAGGACAUCGUCACGCCCAUGCUGCGACACACCGCCGCGCUCAACCAAACAGUCAACAAGCUUCGCGACACACUCCGCUUCAACCAGACGUCGCUGAGGGAAGCGGUGUCCUCUCUGCUGCACUCCACCGCGCAGGCCGAGGAGUUCCUCAACGAGAAGGGCGAGGAGACUGUCAGGCAGCUGGUGGAGACCGUGACGAAGUUCGUAGCCAAGAACGCGAUGGAGGCGCUGGACAGCUUCAUGUCGCCGUCGCUGCUCGGGCGCUGCGCGGCGCUGUCCGCCGCCUACAACCGCACCGCCGACGCCGUGUGCGUGCGGCUGCUCAGGCCUGUCAACGGGUUCUGGCUGUCGGUGGGGUACUGCGCGCUGCUGCUGGUGCCGCUGCUGCUGGUGAGCGCGAAGCUGGCGCGGCUCUAUCUGCAGGUCGACCCCUACCCCGGCCCCCUGGUCGAGGCCGAAUAUUUGUAUGACGCGUACGCGGACCGCGAUAACGUACCCCUUGCCAACGCCUACAAGAUGGACAAGCGGGUCGCGCGAGGCGAGCGGUGCGGGGUGGGGCGGGGCGGGGCGUGCGGCGGGGCGGGGGGCGCUGCGGGGGGCGCCGCGGGGGGCGCCGCGCCCAGGGCCGGCGGCGAGGCCGUGGCGCCGCCUCUCGACACACACCACGCGCGCAGAUAUAAUGAUAUGGCGCCAAAGCACUGGGAAGAAGGGCCCCCACGCUACCACGGACCGGCUACUGAGUACGAGCGACCCCCACCAUACUACUAUCCCGGACCAAAUGAUAGACAGUAAACUGGCGCUCACGGAGCUAGACGAAGACUUGGUGAAGUAUUGAUAAGGCCGCCCCGCAACUUUGCGCGCAACAUGACGCGCAACUUGUUGCGCAACAGCGCUGGAAACUUCAGGCAACCUAUAAUAUAGUAACGAUAUCGUAUUGUAGGUCAGAGUGCGAAUAUAUUUUGUGUAUCGUUUGGAAUGGCGCGUCGGAAACAUACGCGCGCUUGCGCGGAGCGGCGAGGGCCUAAGUUAGUUUAAUAAACAUUUUAAUAUAAUGAAACUGACGUAAUUCUAGAAUUUAAAAGUUCUUAAUAUUCUCGAUUGUGUUAUAUAAGACGUCGGGAUCAUUAAAAAUACUUGUGAACAUUCAUAGCACAUUACGAUAUAAUUAAGUACGGUAACCAAUAUUUCAAUGUAGUCAGUGUUAGAGGUGUGUCCAUUACUACGUAUAAUGUCAUAUAGGACCCAUUCUAAUUAUGUAAGAUUUAGUCUGAAACGUAUUGCUAAAGGAAUUCAAACGUCCGCCUCUAAGUCCAUAGACAAUACCAAAUUCACUUUACUCACACAUUAGAUUCUCGCGGCUCCGCGCGGCGAUUGGUGCCCUCAGUUUUACAUAGAGGGCGUCAGUGUCGCUGUGAUCGUCUACUUUACCGUCUAUGUGAGUUGUAGCGCAGAAUGUCACUUUAUGUUUUAUUUCCCAAAAAAAUACAGGAUAUAUCUUUGCAUUAAGUAAAAACAAAAAAGUAGUUUUGCCAAGUAGUUGUGACAAUUGAUUUUUACAGGACAUUUAGUGAAAGUGACGAUCUGCGUCACAACCUCUAUAUGUAGUAUACUACGAAUAUUAUAAGUUAGUCUAUAUGUAAAUAGUCAGGCCACGGUAACUGCCAUAUGUCGACUGUCUGUGUUUGUAUGUCUCUGUUUAUCCGCUCUCGGCUCAAGAUUAGUUGAAUUGUUGGCUUUAAUGAUUUCAAUUUUAUACGUUUGUUAAACGUUUGUUGAUAUCGAUAUCGGGAUUCCAUUUUGUUAGCAUAUAAUUAUUAAGAGGAUUCGAGUCUCGAAUGGGUAUCAAGAGCUGAGACUAACAAAUAAUGUUGGGUGUAAUUUUAUAUGAAAUUUAUGAAUUUUAAGUUUAAUGCAAAUUUUUUUAUUUAAAUAUUUAGCGAAGAGUCGAAAUAUUAUUACUUGUUUACCGACUUAUGAUAAGUUUUUUUUUGGUGGUCAGAACUUUGUAGUACCCGUGAAUCCUUUAGUGUCUAUGUGCUAAGUAUAUCGUAUUCUGUCUCUUCGAUUUAUAUACUAGUAUGGAGGCAGUAUUAGAAGAUUAUGUAAUGGAGGAGUUUAUUCACUCACACAUCACGUAAGCGAGAUUUCAAUGCAUUUAUAUUUAUAGAAUUUAGUUGCGGCGUCUUGCGCAACGCAACGUCCGCACGUGAUGUAUGCCAAACCAAUACUCUAUUAGCGAACCAUCGUUAUAUUAGCUUAGAUUAUUACUCGAUUAUUUUAACUUUUGACUCGAGGGAAGUGCAAACUUUUAUUUUAGUGUCAUAUGUAGUAGUUAGUGUUUUGAAUGUAUUGUGGUUGCGAAUCUCAGCGGUGGCGCUAGUGUCGUCGUUUUGCCUUUGUCUCAACAUUCCGCGCGCCGCUCGCCGCCUAGUGUGAAGCCUGCCAUGAGAUUCGCCGAUUUGGUUUUGGUCGUUUCAUAAUUUCGUGCCGUUUAUGUGAUGUAACCGUUCGUAACGAUUCGGGUUUUUAUCUGCCGCCAGAGGGCGUUUGAGAUAAGGACAUCAUCUUGAGUAAAAACAACUAAAAUUAGGCUACUGUUGUCCAAAUUAACAGCUUUUUACGUCUCAAGAGCCAGCUGCCGCGAGCUAAAAACCCUUUAAUUGAUAGUUUUGUUUGUGUGCUGGUAUUGUGAAACAAAGCGACCUUACUGGGUCGGCGAAUGACUGAAUGUUGUGCGAUCAUGGCAGGCACUGAUCUCUCGACGAAUGCGCUGCCCGUCUUCCUCUAGGUGCCGUAGUGUGGCCGCCGUCUGUAUUUACGUUGAAGAUGUUUUGAUACAAAUGUUUUGUAAGUCCCCAAAGCAGAGUUUUUAAUUUGGAAUGAUUUCUAAACAAUUUAGUAAAUUUAGCAAAGAUUUUUUUCAACGGUCUAUAUCCAUAGACUGUACUAAUAAUAACAAAGAGUGUUGAGUAUAUCUUGUUUCAAAUGUAUCUACUGUUCAAAAAAACAACGUUACUCCUCAAGAAAAAAUGUUUUCAUACCAUUUUUAGUAAACAAUUAAGUUUGAAAACUGCUUUGGUGGAUAAAUAAAUUAUUGUUCCCAAAACCUACUGCCAAAAAGUGUCAAAAAGCGGUCCACUCGACGUCGAGCUCACAGAACCACCGAGCUCACUUUUCCGUAGAACCUUUAUUGUAUUUAGUUAAAAUUUAUGAAUUUAUCGUGCUCAAAUCGCGGAGUGAAAGGUGCUAGGUUAGCCUGGCGUGCGUAGUCUAAGUACUUGUAACUUUAUUCCAGUCUAUCUUAGUGUAAGUAGUAUAACCAAAAAGUUUUGUAUGCGUGUGCGCGAUAGGCUCAGUCAGCGCAUUGAAUGCCGGCGAUCAAGUAAAUACACAAUUGAUUAUCUCUAA